GGCCGGGCGGCGGCAGGAGGAAGCGGCGAGAUGCGGGCGGCGGCGGCGGGGGACGCGGGGCCGGGAGAGGGCGGAGGGCGGCUGCUGCCACCACCACCGCCGCUGCUGCUGCUGCUGCUGCCGCUGGCGCUGCUGGCCGCGCUGGUGGUGCGGCAGCUGCUGAAGCAGCGGCGGCCGCCCGGCUUCCCCCCCGGCCCCGCGGGGCUGCCCCUCAUCGGCAACAUCCACGCCCUGGGCGCGGAGCAGCCGCACGUCUACAUGCGGCGGCAGAGCCACAUCCACGGGCAGAUUUUCAGCCUUGAUCUGGGUGGUAUAUCUGCUAUUGUGCUGAAUGGCUAUGAUGCAGUAAAAGAAUGCCUUGUUCAUCAAAGCGAAAUUUUUGCAGAUAGACCAUCUCUUCCCUUGUUUAAGAAGUUAACAAACAUGGGAGGCUUACUGAACAGUAAAUAUGGCAGAGGAUGGACAGAGCAUCGCAAAUUAGCUGUAAAUACCUUUCGAAUUUUUGGAUAUGGUCAAAGAUCUUUUGAACACAAAAUUUCUGAAGAAUCUGUGUUUUUUCUUGAUGCCAUUGAUACGUACAAAGGCAGACCAUUUGAUCUUAAGCACUUGAUAACAAAUGCCGUUUCAAACAUUACUAAUCUGAUUAUUUUUGGAGAACGUUUUACAUAUGAAGAUACUGAAUUUCAGCACAUGAUUGAGAUUUUUAGUGAAAAUAUUGAAUUAGCUGCUAGCGCUUCUGUAUUUUUAUAUAAUGCUUUUCCGUGGAUUGGUAUCUUGCCAUUUGGGAAACACCAGCAGCUGUUUAAAAAUGCAGCUGAAGUCUAUGACUUUCUUCAUGAGCUUAUUGAACGUGUCUCUGAAAAUAGGAAGCCUCAGUCACCUCGACAUUUUGUAGAUGCAUAUUUAGAUGAGAUGGACUGCAAUGAAAAUGAUCCAGAAUCUACCUAUUCAAGAGAAAACUUAAUUUUCUCUGUUGGAGAACUCAUCAUAGCUGGGACAGAAACCACAACAAAUGUUUUAAGAUGGGCAGUGUUAUUUAUGGCUCUAUAUCCACACAUUCAAGGGCAAGUUCAAAAAGAAAUCGAUUUGGUCAUUGGCCCAAACAAAAUGCCUUCUUUAGAAGAGAAAUGUAAAAUGCCAUACACUGAGGCUGUUCUACAUGAAGUCCUGCGAUUCUGUAACAUAGUUCCGCUAGGUAUUUUUCACGCAACUUCUAAAGAUACUGUCGUGCGUGGUUACUCUAUUCCUGAAGGCACUACAGUCAUUACAAACCUCUACUCUGUACAUUUUGAUGAAAAAUACUGGAGCAACCCAGAAGUAUUUUCUCCCGAGAGGUUUUUGGACAGCAGUGGGCAGUUUGUCAAAAAAGAUGCAUUUGUUCCUUUUUCACUAGGAAGAAGACAUUGUCUUGGAGAACAGCUAGCUCGAAUGGAAAUGUUUUUGUUUUUCACUUCAUUACUACAACGAUUUCAUCUGUGUUUUCCUCAUGGUGUGAUUCCAGAUCUCAAACCGAGGUUAGGCAUGACAUUACAACCACAGCCAUACCUCAUUUGUGCAGAACGACGAUGAAGAGAAGUAUCUAGACUGUCAGGUGGAAUAAAAUGCUCCAAGUUGCAGCUGAGGAACCACUUGCCUUCUAUGUCUAAAUGUAUUCAUCUUGGAAGAACAAAAAUUUAAGAACUUAAACUGUGGCUACAUGUAUUUGUACACAAGUUUAUGUGUUUGUUUUUUUUUCUACUUUGUUUUCAUAUAUAUGUAAAAAAGCAAAAACAUACAGCACAUCCUGUGUCUAAAGUUGAUAUUUUCACUCCAUAUUUUUUUAAAAAUAUUUCUUUGCAAGCUAUUUUACUUGAGAGGAUAUUUUUAUAGACAUGUAGUAUAUUGCUCCAAAUUUUUUAUGCUGUGAUUUAUCUGUAGAAAUCCCAUACACACUAUUCCAGGAAAGCAGUUCUUUAUAAUUCUCAAUUACAUUUACAUAGCUAAAAAGGUUUUAAAGAUAUCUAUUUAACUGUAUGUAAUUAAAAAAAAAAAUAUUAUUUCCAGCCUUGACAAACAAAUUGACAAUUAAAACAUUUUAUUCAUUACUUCUCCUUGCCCAAUCUUCCUAGUUGGUCUUCAUUUUCUAGUGAGUCAGAUAACCGCGUGAAUUCACUUUUAAGAUCUUUUAUGGCUUGUUUCUCAUUUAGUAACAUACACAAAGUGUUCCAUUAUUCCCAUGCUCAUGACAGUUACAGCAAUCUUCUUUGCCAGUUUAUUGCAUUUCCAGACACGGGUCCUCCACUGCCUCCCCACACAAAGCAUUAUGUAAUCAUUAAGCUCUUCCUAAGUAGUCUAGAAAAAAGUGUUUGUGUUACCACUGCCACAUGCAAAUAUGCUAUAAGUCAAGAAAAUAAGCUGAUAAUGAGACUGACAAGAAAAGAGACUUUUUUUUUUGAGGGGGGCAAUAGAGUAGGGUAAGGAGAAACAAAUAUUUAAAUGGAUUUUAAACACAAGCUGUAAGCCCAAAAACAACUUCUACCAGCCUCAUUUUUUAUUCUGUUUGACAGCUAUUGCUUUAUGGUUAUUGGUAGACAUAAACUUAGAACACAGGUCCUACAGGAGAACCUGAUACUCUGAAUGUGGUGCACAAGUCUGCGUUGUGUGGGGAGUAGUGGGACUUCAGAAUAGAGUUCGGUGAAAAACACACACUGAGCAAACAGCUAUUUAUGAACAUGGCUGAGUAUUAGGCUUGCUGUUUAUGCAGCUUUUGCUUUGACUCGGAGCUGUGGGAAAGUUCAAAGGCAGGAAUUUGUCAUUUUUCUUCUCACUUGAUGUUUCUGGCUUAUACUGAGUAGAAAUGCUUCCUUUCUUUGGAGAUAACAAAAGAGAAAGGUCAAAUAGAGGUAAUGACAGUCCACUUAUAUAAUAGUCUGUUGACUUAAGAUGCAGCAGGUCCAAAUUAAAUUACUUACCCUGUCAGAGGGUAGUCAGACUCACGUGUCUCACAGGGAUCAUCUGAAAUGCGUAUUUCUGAUGCUCUGAAGAGGGAAGGAAGACUAUCAAAUCCUCUUGCUGACCAACUGCUUUUCUGUAGAGAUACAAGAUUUCUAAAGAAAAAAAAAAAAAAGUGUCAGCCUUAUUCCUGUGUAUUUGACACACCAUGGAAGUUGCAAAUAAUCUGCUCCUAAGAUUUUGGCAUACAGGGUGUAUAGGGAUGAGACAGCUGCUGAGGUUCUUAAUACAGUUAAAUUUGAGACUUUUCUGUUGUCAGCGUGAGUAGAUGGUGGGUACUUCUGAAAUGUUUAUGUAAAAAUAGUGUGAUCUACAAAAUGUAGGCCCCUUUAGCAUGAAGAAAAAUGGAAUGGAAAAAAGAGUUUUCAGAGUUACAUUUCUGGACUUACGGGAAUUCUGAUACCCACUCACAGCUAGAGUUUUGCUGCUUGAUAUUUGGUUAGAAUGUGUUUCAAAUAAUCUAAAUUGAAGGGGGGAGGGGUUAAAAAAUAAUCAAGAGGUACUUCUUGUAGGGCUACACUGAAAACACAGCUGGCCAGUGAUAAUUCCCUUUUCCCUUUGAGAAAUAAUUCUUGGCUGGUCUUAAAUCCAUUUAAUGAGAACUGUAUUGAUUAUAUGCCAUUCUGGUUUCUAAAUCAAAAUACCUUAUAAAAGCCUUAGAAUAUUAAUGAGAACUGUUAUGAUUAUCUGCCAAUUUACAGUCUCGUUCAAACAAUCAAAUACAUCUGACAAGCUAUCUUCUCUAUAGCAUUAGUUAUGUUUCAUUCGGUAUCAACUUUUUUUAUUAUUAUUAUUUUCCCUCAGGUAUCUGACUUAGAAUUAUCCUAAUCAUCCAAUUUAAUCAUUUGAAAUAUUGACAUAUUAGUUUUUCCAGUCUUCUGGUAUUUCCCCGUUACACCAAGACUGAAUUGUAACGAACAUGAGUAGACAGCUAGGUGCUGAGAAUUCCCCAGUGAACGUUUUAGAGUGGAAAUAUGUAGCAUAACUGCCUGCUAUUUAUCAUUCUUUUGGGAUUAAAGCAUUUAUUUUGUGUUAAAAAUACAUUGGUUAAUUUUUUUCCCCAAAUGCAGACCAAGUACUUCCUGCAUAGUUUAUCUUUUCAUCAUUUUUACCAGCAUUGUUGCAUUCUCAAUAAUUACAUUAUUCCCUUUAAGAAAUGGUCAGUAUUACUGAAAGGGCUUGGUGGGUACUGUUUUGGGGUUGUUUAUGUUCUGUUGUUGUUCAUGUCAUGUUCAAAUGUCUAUACCCAUUAAGGACUCCUAAUCCUUCAACUUUGCUGACUCCAGGUUCUGUUUCUAUCACUUACUCCACUGUCAAUUUGCUGUAUUUCAUACCUUACAGUGUAAUCCAUAUUGUAAUGCUAUAAUUCUUAAAAGAGGUUCAGAUUCAUGGUGGAUAGGUAAACAUGCACUUUAACUCUGCAGCCAAAAGAUCUUGCGUUGACAGAAUAUUGAGUGAGGAUACAGAAGCCACAUAUAUAUUUGAUGCUGGCACAAGCAUUCCUCAAAUACUGUCCCGAUCUGUUGUCUAUAUUUAAAGGAGUGUUUAAAAUGUGGCUGUGUUCCUAUAAAGCUGUAAGAAUAACUUAGAAUGUGCUUAUGCUGUAUAUUCUGGCUUUCUGCAAGGUACUUCUACUUAUUUAUGAGCUGACCAAAUACUAUGUGAUCAUAUGAGGGUAGCACUUGUCCAAGCCAAUAUGGUUCCAAAUCAGCAUGAUUUAUUAUUUCAGACUUGGUGAUAUAUGGGCACUGUUUGACAGCUUAUGGAUAAAUUGGGGGCUCAAGCAUGUUUCCAGAAUAUACACCACAGAAAUGUACUGUAGAACAUAUUGGCUAGUCAUACAUUCAAGACAAUUCAUUUGCUUCAUUUAUCAAACACGUGAUUAAGUGACCUGAUUACAGUCUACUGCCAUCUAUACAGAGAGAAAAAGUUGAUAAAAGAUCUCUUCAGUUAGUAGGAAAGAACAGAAAGAGAAGUCAAGCUGAAAUAUCCUUGAGCUAGGAAGCAGGUGAAUACAUUGAAACUGCUGUAGAUGAAGAAUUAGAUAUAUAACUAACAGUGAGGAUAUCCCUGGAUAGUUAUAGAAAUUUUAAAAUCAGUUAUCAGACAUUUCUCCUGUUCUCUGCUUAUAAUUUGAAUUGCCUUCAGCAUGAGGUGUAAACUAUAGUCACAAUAAUCUCCCAUCUCAAUCAUCACCUUUUUAAAGUGUACUGUUCAUUCUGAAUUCCAUAUUUCUACUAGUCAUUCAAGUGUUAAAGCAGCCUGAGUUUACAUAUCAAGCAAACUGUUUCUUGAUUUGGUAUGUCAUAAUUGGAUUCUGUGGUUGCCUGCAUAGUGAGGACAAAUUCUCAGGAUAAAUUGGUCUUUAAAGGUACAGACAUGGACUUUCAUAGCAAUUAGGUAUCGGAGGUGUUGUUUAGGCAUUGGGCUUCAUAAUUUGAAGCCUUUGUCUAAUCAAGAUCAAAUUAAACUUCUGGAAAAGUUACACCUUAUUCUGUCCUUCAUACAAUUUGAGGAUCACUAGAUUGUUCCAUUUCUAGGUUUAUCCUUUUAGAUAUUUCUGAAGGCUGUCAACUACCUUGAUGUCAAUGUGAUUAGAAUUAGGCAGAACCCAUACUCACAGUGGUCAUUUCUUAGGAAGACUGCCAGAAUUCAGGAGACAUUACGUUUGCUACGUUCUUCUGAAUAAGUAACAUUACAAAUAGAUUAAGUCUAUUACAAUAAUGGAGCAAAUCAGGAAUGUGCAAUCUAAUCCAAUAGUUUACUAUUACUGCAGCAGAUGGCUGCUUGCCCAAAAUUUUACAUGUGAUUUAUAACAGCCUAUAGUAAUACAACAGGAAACGUAAUACAGUUACUAUUUUUCCCUUGCUGUUUUUAACUGCUGACUUACUCAUCCAGGCUAGUACUAAAAAAUCUUAAAAGAAAUAUCCUUAAUUUGUAUAAACUAUUACUUGUAAAAAGCAUGAAAAGAGAUUACAUAUAUACAUUAUAAAUAGUAAUGUACAUAUAAAGUAACAUAUGUAAAGAGCUUUUUACAUGACACUUAAUUUGUUAGUAUGCUUAACCAUAUUAAUCCCACUGCUAGUGUCUAGACAACAGGGUCCACACUGAAUACUCUUAUGCUCUUACUAAAAUGAGGCAAUAAAAGAUGACUCAAAUAUUGUUCAGGUCUUUCACCAAUAUAGGUAAUGCAGGUAGGAUUUCAUAUCAAUAAGGAAUGCAAAUGAAGUAACAGAAUCACUAUUGAUAUAACACCUUAAAGAAUUCCAGUUAUUCUAAAGCAAAGUUUACUUUCUUCACACACAUUCAAUUUUAGGGAGUCCAACUUCCCUUUGGUUGUCUUCAACUUGCACAAUAAACUCAGUUAAAAUAAUGCUCGUCGUGAACACGCACCACAGCAGAACUAAAUUGGUCUAAUUUUUCCAGGAGAAACCUAGGUAAUUAUGAGACAUCUUGUGCCUAUAUAGGUAAGGAAGUUCAUUUAAUUGUUCUUCAUGGGAGCAUAAGAGUUGUUUUUUUAAAGAUCCUCAAGGAAUCCAGAUCUUCUCCCAUUGUAUUUUACAUUGUAUGAAACUAUAAUGUUUCUCUUUUAAAGUACAGUCAAAAUUAGUAGGCAGUUCCACUGAGUCAGUAGACACUUCCAAUUCCUGUUUUUUGAACGUUGGUAUUUGUCAUAUUUCUAAGAUUGUGCGCAUUUCCUUAUUAGUCUUUAAAGUGAUUCACAUGAGAUCCUGUUUCUAGUCCUAGUAUUUCGCAUAUAGGUCCAGAAAUAAGGUCAGUAAGUUAUACAGUUCGCUCAUCUGACCCAGGCAAUAUAUUUUUUUCUCAGAGCUGUUUAUAAGACUUCCUUUGUACACUAAGGUAAUAUCUCUCAGUGAAUCACACUCUCAGUCCUCAAGCCUGAGUCUUCUUUCCUGCAACUUAAAGUUGUUACUACUUGUCCUAAACACUAUGAACACUGAAAACAUUAUUCUGAUUACUUUGCUCUUUGAAGCAGCCUUAUAAGACUUUGAAUAUAAUUACUUAAGUCUGAUUUUUUUUCUAGACUCAGAAAAAUCUCUCGAAUUCAUUUAAUCAUCCUCUUCUCUCUUUAGGACAUGUCUUCUGUGUUUCUGAUCAGUCACACUGAUCUGUAUUGGAAUUCAGCAGUCUAUCUAAUGGACAUACUUUUCCUGGGGUGUGACAUAUGAAAUUAGAAAAAGUACUUUGGUAAUUCCUUAUGUACACUGAGUAGAACAAAGUGAUUAUAAACCCAUUCUCAAAGAUAAAUAAUAGUGCUUCUUUAUUCACUUCUCUGAGAGGAACCUUAGUUAGCAUAUGAAUCAGAUAAAUUAACAAUACCACAGAGAUUAAUUAACACUAGCAGGAUCAAUGUCAUGAUAAAAGACGCAGAAGCCUGUUUGAAUGACCACACAAGAGUAAGUUUUCAUGCCUAACUGGCAUGGUGACAAAUGAGUUUGAAAGCAGUCUGCUCCUCACUUGCUAUAAGCAAUAUUAAGCCUACCUUUUGGAUUUUUGUUAUAAUGCAUAUAUCUUAAGCCGAGCAUUAGUCCCUGUUUUAUAAGUAAAAUGAAAAGACUUCGAUCUCAUCCAAGGUGCAAAGGGUUCUGCUGAUCUGGAGAGAUGAGUCAGGAGUGAAUCAUCACCUGAUUUUUGGCAAGGUACUUAGAAGAUGGACAAAUCACAAGGUGAAUGAUAGGAAUCAUUUGAAACACUAUGCCACCUCAUCAUUAUUUAAAGGCUCUGUUGUUUUAAUGUUAAGCAUUUCUAUUUCUAUUUUUCUGAAACCUCAGGCAAACCACAAGACAAAGUUUCUGCUCUGUAUAAGCUUUUAACUCUCUUAGGUUUCACACAUACUAAUGUUCUGCCAACUAGUAAUGUUGUGCCAGGUAGUAGAACCUAUCAUAGACACCAGUUGCUAUCACCUACGAUCUCUUGCAGUACAGAAAUCAAAAGAUGACUCACAGUGUACAGAUUCCAAAAGAAGCCUUCCAGUCAAACAUUUCUGAUCAUGACGUGCCCUUUUUUUAAAGGGUGGUUGUAGUAUCACAUAGAACCAAGUGUCAAUCCCUUAGGUGCGUUAAACACAUUAUUCAGUAUCCUGCAUAUAUCACAACAUGGCAUUUAAAGUUAGUCAUUUUCUGGACAGACUUUUAAAUCUCAGUACCCAAGAAAAACAGCUUUUUCUUUACUGGGAUGAUUUUCUUUAGCUUAAUGCUAUCAUUAGCAAAACAAGCAAUUGCUAGUUACUGUAUUAUUUUGGAAUAUUAAAGAUAACAAAAGUAAGACCAACCAGAAGUAUUAUUUCAAGUGCAAACCAGAAGUGCCUUAGAGAAAUGAGAGUAGAAAUGGACAACAAAACCAUUAAGACAGAUGGCUCUGUUAAGAGUUACGUAUAUAUACACAAAUGUCUUUAAGGGUUAUACAUCUGCAGGAGGGUGUGGAGUACAAAUACUAUGCCAGGAGGAUAUCUUUCAACUCAAGUACACUGGAGUGUUUAUCCUAUUGUAGCUUAGCUUUCCUUCCUGUUUUCUCAGAAAUAUAAGCCAUUAUUUUCUCAUUUAACAGGAAAAAAAAAUAAAAUACUGAUUGCUUGUGACCCUAUUAAAUACAUAUGGAUCAGUUAAGACUAGUUAACAAUUGUGGUUUUUUGCCCACUUCAUCUCUGAAAAGUCACGGUAUGAUUAUCAUAGCAAGAUAAAGUUUUAAUUCUGGAGAUAUCAGAAGGAAAGUUUUUCAAUGCAAAAAUGAAAGCAAUUGAUCACCUCAUUUGCCUUUGAACAGACACAAGGAAGCAAGUUGUCCGAAACCAAUUCUGAGGAAAGCUGUAAGAAAAUUUAUAUAUAUAAUAAAAUUAAAAAUAAUUAAAAUAAAACACCACCUUGAUCAUAUUUUUAUACCUUAUUUGAUCAAGUUCGUGUUUGUCCACACAUUUUUAAACAUAUUAACAUUUAUUUGCCACAGAAAAAAAAAAAUCAAUUUUCUUAAAUUUGCAACAUUUGAGUUAUGGUAGUUGUAUUUUUAUUGAUGGUAUUUUUAUUUAUAUAUUUAUUUUAUUGUAUUUUUAUUAUUAUACAUUAGUGGUAUGACUUGUAUUUUUAAUAACAAUGAAAAUUAUCAUGACAUAUCAAAAGAUAUCCUGUUUCCAUAUUUUUUGAAGACAAUGAACUGACUUCAAAUUAUGAACUGUGUCUCUCUUCCAUAUAAGAAUGUAUCGUGUAUGUGCAAUUAUAUUUAUGCUCCGCCUACUUCUUUCCUAAUUUUCAUCACCUAAGCUAAUUCGGUGAUUCAAGUAUCAUAGGCUGGGAUUCCUGAUCUCAGACUCAUCAGCAAAUGAUACUUCAAUUCUGCACCUCUCACUUUUUUUCAAACAUUUUUGGACAAAAGGGAAAGUACUGCCCCAGGCGUUUUUGUUCCAGACUAGUUUACUUCAAUUUCUUUGUAUACUUUUAGAAGAAUCAUAAACCAGCCUUCAUCUAUACAUACCCAGGAGGAAGCACCAGAGCUAGAAGUGAGCUCUCAAAUCCUGCUAACACCUUUUGUUGAUUCACCUGCCAUUGUUUGUGUUCGACAGAUAAAUGUCUGUCAGUUUCAACGCCUAUGAGAAUAUUCCCUUUCUUUUCACUUAAAAUGAAAAGGGUGUUGAAAGAAGAGCAAUGAAAUUAUUUUUCUCAGAACAAUGUACUUUUGUCACCUGACAGAACUCUCCUCCAAUUGAUCCCCUUUAAUUAGAAAGUUGAAUGCAAGAAGUACACAGAAAAAAAAUGUUUUAUGCAUAUAGUAAAUACAGAUUUACUCAAACUUUGUAAACUUGAACUUACCUGAAGUAAUGUUACACCUGUGCUUCCAUUUUGAAUCCUAGACUCACCAUCUGAAUGUGCUGUGAAUAAUUCAUGGGAAGACGAUCCAAGUUGGUUUUGACUCUGGUAAUUAGUACCACCAUGACAUUCAGAGGUCUCCAGAGCUGUAAAGGGAAUUGGCUCUUUACAGAAAACAAACUCAAUUGUUCAGUUCUGUAUGCAUGGGAGCAAGUAAUCCAACCCACAUUGCAAAAGAGGGCAACGAGGAGGUGGGACACUGUCUUGACAGAAAAGAUGUUGCAAAGACUUCACUUAAAACUGAGAAUAUUAUCCAUUAAAUGUUUAUCUAGAAGCAUAAAAUUCAGUGUAGGCAUCCCUUGGUGGCUGUGAACUGAUGCAUUAAACUAGUUGUAAUCUUUUCUCAUUUUCUCAUUCUGGUCUGUUACCAGAAUUGUUUGUUGUUUUGUUUGUUUUGUUGUUGUUGUUGUUUUGUUUUGUUAUUUAUUUUUUUUUCCUAAAUUUAAAAACUUCUUCCGUAUUUCUAAAGAAUAUAAUGGAAACCUAAGAUAAAGUUGCUGGCAAUGCUGUCACCAGAUAUAAUUACUGCCAAUGCUUUAGUAAAAGAUAAUGUUAUUUCUACCUUAUUAUUCUCUCUUUAUAAUACUUUUUAAUAAUGCUCUUUUAAAAAUGGAAACUAAAUGGAGAACUGCCAUGUAAAAUACCGUAACUGUAACUUUAAACAAGCACAUCUGCAUUCUUUUGUCAGUAAAAGCAAGAAUGAAACUAAA